AUGCCAAACAAGAUUCGAGACGACUUGCGUGUUGUGGAUUCGACUUUGUUUCCGUACAUCUAUGAAGAGAAUGUUACCAUCAAAUUGAAGAGCUUCGAUGGCAUCGUGAGAUGCAACAUUUAUCGACCCAAGACCGAAGAAAAGGUGCCUGUUCUUGUGACAUACGGUCCAUAUGGCAAAGACGUCCAUUAUAAGGAUUUUCAUCUCAAAUCAUAUGUCGAGGUCAAUCCAAAGCAUCAGUCUGCUCAUUCCUCGUUUGAAACCCCCGAUCCCGGUUUCUGGACUGCUCAUAAUUACUCAGUGCUUCGGGCAGAUGAAGUCGGAACAGGACAGUCGCCAGGUGUUCUGGACACCAUGUCAAGGUCCACGUCCGAUGCUUUCGCAGAUGUCAUUGAAUGGGCUUCGGAGCAAGCCUGGAGCAAUGGGAAGGUGGGCCUACUAGGCAUCAGUUAUUAUGCCGGCAGUCAGUGGCGUGUUGCUGCACGCCAACCAAAGGGCCUCGCUGCCAUCGUCCCCGUCGACGGAAUGGCCGACUACUACCGAGACCGGUGUCGACACGGUGGCAUCCUGACCGGCUUUCUCAAGUGGUGGUUUGACCGUCAAGUACUCUCGAACCAGUACGGUCUAGCCGGGAAAGCCAGCCGAAACUGGGGCCCUGAUACUAUUGAAGGUGACUUAUCUCAGGAGGAAUUGACGCGCAACCGUCACGACCAGACUUUAGAAACUGCUCAGCAUUAUUAUCGAGAUGACCCUUACUAUGUCUCCCGUGACUAUAAUAUCCAGGAUGUUGUCACACCUCUGCUCUCUUUCGGGAACUGGGGCAGCAUCAUGAUCCAUCUACAUGGCAACUACGAGGGGUUCCGUCUUGCAAGCUCAGAGAAAAAGUUCCUACGUAUGGUUGUUGGUCGGCAUGACCUACCUUUCUAUGAUGAUGAACACGUCGAUAUAAUAAAGGGAUUUCUGGAUGCCUUUUUGAAAGACGAGGACCGCGACGGCUGGACAGACGGCACACGACCCCCGGUCGACCUAGUCCUUCGCAAGGGAAAUGUGGGUUACAAUAACCCGAAAGCAGAAAGCGUUUUCAAGCGGCGAUUUGAAAACGAGUGGCCCCUCGCCCGUACAGAAUACACGAAAUUCUACUUAACUCCUGAUAAACAAAUGACUUUGGAGACUCCCUCCGUUCACUACGAUCGAGUCUCGUAUCUCGCGUUGGGAAAUAUCAGCAAUCCACAAUUCGUGCAAUUCACUUCACAUCCACUCCCAGCGGAGACAGAGGUCACAGGCUAUAUUGUAGCUCACUUGAAUGUAUCAGUCACGCCAUUGACGGGAGGAACAAUUCCUACUGACAUCGAUCUCUUCUUGACAUUGCGUCACUUUUCAGCCGAUGGGACUGAGGUGUACUAUACUGGAAUUACGGGAGAGCCGGUGCCGCUAUGUAAAGGCUGGCAGCGGGUUAGUCUCAGGAAGGUCAAUAUGGAGCACCCUUUGCAUCGCGAGUGGCUGCCAUACCGCGACUACUUCUCCACAGAUGUAUUACCCGUCUUGGUGGGCGAGAUUUACCCUGUCGACGUAGAGGUCUGGGCAACGAAUGUCAUAGCAGAGAAGGGCGAUCGCUUCGUUCUGGAAGUUGCCAGUGGAGACACCCAAGGAAGCGGAUUGUUUGGACAUGACACAACAGAGAGGUCUCCUGAAAGACUGGCUGGCAUGAACCAUAUCCAUUUCAGUCAGCAGUACGUCAAUUGGAUUACUUUACCGAUCAUCCCGGCCUUAUAA